AUGCCUUUUGACGCGUCGAGAAAAACUUUCGACAACCUCCGCAGCUCUCCGAGCAACUACACCACAUGGAAACUCAACGUCGAAGCCGUCGCCAAGACCUACAAAGUAUGGCGGAUGAUCCAAGGCCGCGUAUUGGAGCCCGACUUCCUGGACCCCAAUGCCCCGACAAAGUCGGAACAAGUCGAGCACGACGAGUGGGAGGAUCUACGGGAUGAGGCAGCGGGAAUGCUCUGGCUCUGCAUCGAGCCGGACCAGCAGGAACAUGUGAAGUCGGUGCGGAAUAACCCGGAGAUGAUGUGGGAUAAGCUGGCGGAACUUCAUCGCGCCCAAUCGGCCGCGCCUCGUUUCUCCACCCUCAUAAACCUUCUCAACGUCACGCGCGAGCCCGACAAACCUCUCAUGACCUUCCUCACGCGCAUCACCAGUCUCGGCGGCGAAUGGCGCGAACUCCUUCCACCCACUCUCUCCCUCAACCAACUAUGCGAGGAACUGCAAUGCAUCGCCGCGAUACAACAACACGGCAAAGCUCACGCUCGACGCUGUCCGCCUAUCCUUCUACACCGAGGACAACCGCCCAACGAUGAACGGCGGUACUGCGGCAUCUGCCAUGAGGGCAUCGUCUUUGUCGAGCACCUCAUACACCCCCUCACUUGCCUCUCCUUCCUUGACUCCCGCGGCCUCAUCGACCGCCAAAUGCCCGUUUUGCGAUCGUGA